AUGUCUAAUUCUAACCAAACCAUUUCACAGAAAACAUUGACAGGCAUUGGCAACCUCAUUAGACUCCUCCCAACAGGCACAGUCUUCAUGUUUCAAUUCCUUAAUCCUCUCUUAACCAACAAUGGCAAAUGCCACACCAUAAAUAAGUACUUAUCCGGGAUUCUUGUCAUCGUUUCUGCUUUUUCAUGUUGUUUUGCCUCAUUUACCGAUAGCUACGAAGAUAGUGAAGGAAUCAGUCAUUAUGGCAUUGCAACAAAUAAGGGCCUUUGGCCUAAUUCAUCCUCACAGGACUUGUCUUCUUAUAGGCUUAGAUUUGGGGACUUUGUCCAUGCUUUCUUUUCACUUAUUGUUUUCUCUGUUGUGGCUUUGUUAGACCCUAAUACAGUGGAGUGUUUCCAUCCAUCUUCCGAGUCCACACAGAAGGCUCUGCUCAUGGCGUUGCCACCGGUUAUCGGGGCGGUUUCUGGCUCAAUAUUCGUGAUGUUUCCGAACACCCGCCACGGUAUUGGUUACCCUUCAAGCCCGAGUUCGAGUUCAAGUUCUGCUAAAUCUUAG